AUGCCUUGCAGAAAUUCGCGAACUUGUCCUUCCCAGGGAAGAUGCUUCAAGCAGAGGGAGCAGCAAGGAAACGCAUUGAAAAAAACUCGCGAAACGAGAAAUCCGAUUCAAACCAGCCAAGAUCUGAGUUGCGCUCCCACACCGCUCAAGGUCUUCACAAGCGAUGAUCUAUCAGAUGCUCAAAGACAUGAAGAAUGGCCGAAAUGUUGCCGAUGCCUCAGGUUCUUCAGCAUUCAUGGACAACAUUUGCCCAAGACCUUGCCCUGCCAGCACAUGGCAUGCGCAUCAUGUUGCAACGAUCCCGACUUUGUGCAUUGUGUUGAAUGCGCGUCGGAUGUACGUUCUUGUAUAGACAAUUCAUACAGGAAGGUGUUUACGACCAACACGCUCGUUGUUGAGUGGAUGAAAGUUUUACAAGAGCAACCUGCAAUGGUGACAACCAAAGUAAAUGGGGAUAGGCUGAUGACCUGCUAUUUUGAGGAAGACAUGAACUCAGCAGCAACACCCAUGGCAAGCCAGCGAGAUCUCUGCCUUGACCCCUUCGGCAUCAGCAUGGUGGAUGGCAGUCAGACUUGUCUAGACGACUGUCUUGCUAUCCGGGUAUCGAAGAAGAGGAUUUCGCAUGUGAACUACCGCGGGUCUGUCUAUUUCGACGAGAUAUCCACCUCGCAAGAGCAUCUUGGCAAAGUGUUGGACCAGUCCGUCGAACAACUGACAAGACCAACGACACAUAAGGAGGAUACGCUCGUUGUUAGCAAGGUUGUGCAUGUUCUUGUGUAA